CCUUCUCUCUCUUUCUUUGAUCAACAACAAUGUCGACCGCUUUGCUCAGUCGCGCGUCCACCUCGUCGUCCACCUCGUCGCUGGCGUCGUCGAACAGCAUCCGCGAUGUCACUGUCGCAGUUGCGUCCUCCGACCGAGGCGCCGAUGCGAGUCGCAGCAAUGCGUCAUCUGUCGUCGUUGUCGGGGAACUCCCACAACGGUCGCCGCUGCUGCACCACGAGACCAGCAACCACCCGUCAGCCAGUCCUCGUCCUCCAUCCACCACGGCCAGCACAGCGUCAUCUGCCUCUGCAGAUGCAACAGCGUCGAGCGCAGCCGCGGCAAGGAGGCUCAUCCAGCAGGCCGCGCAGCUGGUCGCGGUCCACUCGUUCGGCGAUGCUCCCUCAGCCCGAUUGGCGUGGCCCUUCAGCAGCAGCCUGACUCCAGCGGGCCAGUCGGAAGAGAUCAGUCACAACGAAUUUACACACGAACAGGCGCCAGCCUGCCCGAGCCCGCCGCCAAUGACCUCGAGUGCCAUCGCCGAGCUCGCCGACCGCUUGGCAACCCCUGGCGCAACGUUCGACCGGGUCGAAAUGAUCCAACGCCGCGUGUCAAACAAGCAACUCGCCACGAUUGUCGGCGCAAUGGCAAGCAAUCAGGACUCGCGAGUCACCUUCUUGGCGUGCGCCCACAACCCCGAACUGACCGUUUUGCCGGACGCGAUUGGCCAGCUCUUCCACUUGAGCAGCCUGUCACUCCAUGACAACCAUAUUGGGCAGUUGCCAGACAGUCUGGGCGAGCUGGCUGGCCUGGAGGACUUGUCGCUGGACCGCAAUCUACUCCGGUCGCUGCCCGCAUCGCUUGGCGGAAUGUCCAUGCUCAGCAUGCUCACGCUGGACGGCAACUCGCUCACCCACCUCCCGGAUGCACUUGGUCAACUCACUUCGCUUACGAUUCUCUCAGUGUGCCGCAACGAGCUCGUGGCGCUUCCUGCCUCCAUCUCCAACCUGACCCAGCUCACCAUGCUGCUUCUCGGCGACAAUCGUCUCGCGACCCUGCCGGACUCCUUCCGCCGCAUUGCUCCCAAUCUGCGGCACCUCGACCUCUCCAACAACCAGUUUGAUGUUCUGCCCUUGUUUCUCGGGCUGCUUCCAGCAAAUGCAAAGUUCUUUGUCGCUGGCAACCGCAUGCUGAACAUUCCCGGGCGGAUUGCACUCUGUGGCAACGCUGUCGUGCUGGAUUAUCUGGGGGAUGUGGCUCGAGGGAGCAUCCCGAGCGGCAGCGUCCGGGUGGCCAUUGUGGGCGCCCAGGCUUCGGGCAAAACCACCUUUGUCCAGGCGUUGCUCAACACCCGCAGCAGAUUGGGCUACUCGGACCCACUCGACCCCAACCGCGCCCCAACAGAUGGAGUUGCUGUGCACACGCUUGCCCUCCCGCAUCCAGACGCCUUUGACCGAACACUGACCCUGAAGCUGGCCGAUUACGGCGGCGCGGACAUAUUCAAACACGCAAACGCCAUUUUGCAGCAAGCUGGCGACACUUUGUCGAUUGUCGUGUGGGACCUGACCCAGUCUCCAGAGGCCAGCAAGCUCAGUUACUGGCUGGGCUCGAUCACGGCUGUCGAUCGCUGGUCGCCCAUUCUCAUUGUCGGCACGCAUGCUGAUGACGCCGAGGGAGCCUUGUCGCAAGACAAAGUCGAAGCUGCUGUGGCGGCUGCUGCUGAGGCCGUCGGGGGAGCCAACAUUGCCGGCUGCGUCCGAGUGGAUGGCACACAAGCGAGCACGGUCGCCGCAAUGAAGGCGCUUCUUCGUGCCGCCGCCUCCCACCAACGCCUGGCUCAGUUCCACCCGAGACACGCGCGCACGCUUGGCAAGAAGAUUGAGGCCAGCUUUGCCGAGACGCGCAACCCGAUCAUGUCGCGAAUGGAGCUUCAGCAGGUGGCGCAGUCUGUCAGUCCCGUGUUUGCCGAGCAAUCUUGGGCUGUGCUCGAUCGCGCACUCGAAUUCCUUGCUUCCCAAGGACAGUGCUUGCCCCUUGGAGACGGCGAGGUCCUUGUCGACAUGCUCGCCUUGAGCGCCAUGUCCGAACUCGUCCUGUCGCGUCGAUCCGGCUUCCUCGACCUGACAGACGCUCAUGGCCGGCUGGACCACCAGAUCUUCUACAAGAUCCUUCGCGACGGCUGCAUUUGCGCAGUGACGGAGAAUUGCGGCAAGAAUAACAAGGGUCGCUGCGAUUGCGCCUCGAAUUGCAAGUGCAAAAUUCGCGUUCCUGCGUCCCAGCACGGCUCAAUUCUGCCAGUGCUCCGUGCCAUGCAUCUCAUCGCACCUGCUGACAGCCGGUCUGACUAUGUGCCUGCGCUACUGCCGGAGGGCGCACCGCAAGAGACGGACUGGCCCGCCGUGGUGAGUGCGACGCAAUCCCGCUUGGUCUGUGCGCAUCGUCUGCAGCUCCCAUUCAUGCCUGCGGCACUGGCAAGUCAGUUGUUUGCCCGACUGAUUGCUCACAACGGAAGCCAGGGCGUUGUUGCGGCCUUCCGGUCUUGCCUGGUUUUACGCCGCAACUCCGAGACAGCGGAACACCUCGUACGCGUCGAUGUCGAUGCCGCGGCUGCUACGGUGACGUUUGCCGUGCGAGCGGCGGUGGUUGCUGACGCUGCUGCCGACAGCCCGCUGGCCGAGCAGCAUUCCCAGAUGCAAGCCCUGCUGAACGCUGUCAUCUCGGAGGUGUGGGGCGUCCUGUCGGCAUUGUACCCGAAUCUGGUCGAGCGCAGCGAGUUUUAUGCAAUCUGUCCCACAUGCGAAUCGAGCAGUGUCCGAACGAGUUGCACCUCCAGCUCGAUGCUUCGCGCGCUGCCAGCCAAUGCUGUUUUGCGCUGCGUGGCCGGACAUUCGCACAGCAAGGACCUGUGGCUCUGGGGCGCAAUGCCGCCGAAUUGAAGCAAGCUGUUUUUUGUUUGGUUGCGCAAUGUUAGAUUUGAUUUGAUUGUGUUUUCGGCUGUUGACUGCGUUGUUUGCCCAUGUCUAUACAAGAGAAUUUUCACCAUGA